UUGUCACUAUUCAUUGGAAUACUUGUGUCCUUUCCGUGCUGUAAUGAUUAAACGAAAAGCAACUUUAUUUACCAGAUUUGAACAUAAUCAUUUACAUGAGAAUGAAAAUUUAAUUGAAGAAUCACGUUGUUCCCCCAUUUCGAACACUAAUGAAUCGACAAAUUUCCAAUUAAAAUCCUUAGAGGAAAGAAUGAAAAAAUUGGCGGAGCAACUUUCCUUAAUUUUCAAAAUUCAUGAGUUUGUUUUUGAAUUUUUUAUGAUUUUUGAGCGAUUAAUGACUGGUGCUGCACGGUUCAAAAAGAGCUUAAACAAUUAUUAGAUCCAAUUUCUUUGGAUUAUAGGCCAUAUGUAAAAACUGUUACUGGGUUCUUGGGUACUUUGAACUAGGGUAGCAACCCGAGGGGCGGUAUGCGGGUGUGUGUGCAUUUGGGGUUCGGGUCGGGGCUUUUAUCAAAAAAUCCGUCGGGGUUUCGGAGGUAGGAUUGU